UUGUACCUUAUUAUAUUCAACUUGUCGAAGUUUGUUUACAUUCUCGGUAAGCUUCACUGAAAGUUUACAUUUUUUGUUUACACUGUAAAAACUUAUAAAACGAAUACAAUUGACUUAAAAACAUCAUUUACAAAUACUCUACUCAUCAUUUGCAAUGGAACUAAGCAGGUAUGAAAAGGACAAGAUCAUUUCUUUAAAAUUCUUACAGCUGUUCUUUCGAUUGAAAAAUGUCUUCAAUAUCUUUUUCGCCAUGUCAUUUCCUAUUCCAUUCCACAAUCAAAACCAAUCUAAAAUUGAGUUAAUAAAAAAAAUGAAUGCCGUUUCUCCUCUCCAUGCAAUUAACGAACAACUUAACUUCUGGAUCAAAGAAUUGGAAACAAAUGGACUAGUCCAUUUUGGAUGGACCAAAGCAAAGGACAUGUUUGAAUUCUCCAUGUCAUCAAUAAACUUUUUAAUACUAUAUUCACAAAAACCGAUAUUCCUAAAUUACUCCAUCCGCCAGGAAGUACACAGAGAACAAUUGUUCCAUGAGCUGCAGAGCUGCAAAAAAUGCUUCUUUGAAAUUAAGAGUGAAGCGAAUUCUUUCUUUUGUCUACAAAUAAUCAUUUCAAACUUCAUGUUUAAUCAGAUUCAAUAUAUCCAGGAGACAUGCCAAAACAUAAUACCAAACUUCCAGACUUUUUUUUGCAACAUAUGUACUUCUCUUGUAUCAUAUUUUGGAAAAAGAGAAUAUCCUGAGCCACAGAAGAAAAACGUUACCCUUCAGUUAUAUGCGAACAUUAAACCUGUGAACGGAAUCUCCAAAACUUCCUACCAAAAGCCAGAUAAAACAGAACCUGAUUCCAAAGAAAAUUAUUCCAAAGAAGAUGAUAUUCCUCCUGGAAAUCAACCUUCAGAUGAACAAGGAAGAUUAUCGCAUUCAGAGUCUGAGUCCAUUACUGAAAGCUAUCGCAAUGACUUGACAGAUGCUUCUAACUUGGAAUCCUCUGUUUCUUCGGUUACGUGUAAUGAUUUCUUCGAUGUAUUAAAGAAUGUCGAUAACACAAAUAUUCAAGAACAACCUGACGUUAAUUUAAACAGGGAUCAUCAUAUAGAUAAAGAAAAUUCAUCAAGGAUUGAGCUCGGGAAAGAAGACCUUGAAUUUGAAAGAUAUAAUGUUGAAUUACUCCAAUUUCAAGUUGCUAUUGGCAGUUUACAGACUGUUCAUUAUGAAUUCCAAGAAACUUUGCGAAAAAUGCAACUGUUAGAGUCAACGGAAGGUUCAAUAUGCCAAUCAGGAGUUACAAUUAAUAUGCGGAAAGAUGUCGCUUUAGAAUCCACAUCUUAGUUACCAAUAGCCGUGAGCAAUCAAAAGCUUACAUAUGAUUGCAAGCUAAAAAUCGAGGUAGUUUAUGAAUAAAUAUCUUCAAUUAACG